AUGACCGUCGCUACCCAGUACAAGAACCAGUGCUACGUCAACGGCAAGUGGGUCUCCUCCGAGUCCGGCAAGACCUUCGCCGUCACCAACCCCGCGACCGGCGAGCACAUCGCCGAUGUCCCCGACAUGACCGAGGAGGAGGUCCUCGGCGCGGUCAAGGCUGCUGAGGACGCCUUCCCCGCCUGGUCCAACACUCCCCCCAAGGCCCGUUCCGACAUCAUCAUGAAGUUCUACCAGCUCAUGAUGGAGCGCACCGACGAGCUCGCCAAGCUCAUCACCCUCGAGAACGGCAAGCCCCUUGCUGACGCUGUCACCGAGCACAAGUACUCGGCCUCGUUCAUGGAGUGGUUCGCCGCCGAGGCUAUGCGCACCGACGGCGACGUUAUCCCCUCGACCAUCCCCGGUCUCCGCAACGUCGUCAUCCGUCAGCCCGUUGGUGUCGUCGGUAUUAUCACCCCCUGGAACUUCCCCUCUGCCAUGAUCACCCGCAAGGUCGGCCCUGCCCUCGCCGCUGGAUGCACCUGCGUCGUUAAGGCUCCCUCUGACACCCCUCUCUCGGCCUUCGCCCUCAUGGAGAUUGCUGAGCAGGCCGGCGUCCCCGCCGGUGUUAUCAACGUCAUCUCCUCGCGCAACUCGCGCAUGUGCGCCAAGAUCCUCUGCGAGCACCCUGUCAUCAAGAAGAUUUCUUUCACUGGCUCGACCGGUGUUGGCCAGCAGCUCAUGGCCCAGUCUGCCUCGACCCUGAAGAAGAUGUCUAUGGAGCUUGGCGGUAACGCGCCCUUCAUCGUCUUCGAGGACGCUGACAUUGACGACGCCGUCAAGGGCGCCGUCAUUGCCAAGUUCCGCUCCUCGGGCCAGACCUGCGUCUGCGCCAACCGCCUCUACGUCCACGAGAAGGUCUACGACGAGUUCACUUCCAAGCUCGCUGAUGCCGUCCGCGCCUUCGUUGUCGGAAACGGUAUGGACAAGGGCGUCACCCAUGGCCCUCUCAUCCAUGAGCGCGCCGUUGCCAAGGUCAAGGAGCACGUUGAGGACGCCGUCGCCAAGGGCGCCAAGGUCCUCGUCGGUGGAAAGCCCGGCAAGGGCAACUUCUUCGAGCCCACUGUCCUCGUUGACGUGCCCGUUGAGGCUGUCGUCAGCAAGGACGAGACUUUCGGUCCUCUCGCCCCCUGCUUCAAGUUCUCUUCGGAGGAGGAGGUUCUCAAGCUCGCCAACGACACUGAGUACGGCCUUGCUGGCUACUUCUACUCGCGCGACAUCGGUCGUGUGUGGCGUGUCGCUGAGGCGCUCAAGGCCGGCAUGGUCUGCGCCAACUCUGGCGUCCUUUCGCAGGCCACCAUCCCCUUCGGAGGCAUCGAUCAGAGCGGACAUGGGGUUGAAGGCUCUCGCUUCGGAAUUGAUGAGUACAUGGUGAAGAAGCUCAUCGCGAUGGGCGGCCUUGGAACGAAGUACUGA